GUGAGUAUAAUAAGUAAAUAAACAAACCCAUGCCCAGCGUUUGUUUGGUGCGUCAUCGCCCGGCGCCGGAAGUGGUCCGGGGUAGCGAUACGUCAUCUUCCUGCGUCGUGCGCGCUCAGCGUUGAGUUCACGCAGGAUUGAACGUCUGAACCACAAACAUGGCCCGAAACGCAGAGAAGGCCAUGACGGCUCUGGCCCGGUUCCGUCAAGCCCAGCUCGAGGAGGGGAAGGUUAAGGAGAGAAGACCUUUUCUAGCGUCCGAGUGUAACGAGUUACCCAAAGCAGAGAAGUGGAGAAGACAGAUUAUCAGUGAGAUUUCAAAGAAAGUGGCCCAGAUUCAGAACGCUGGUUUGGGUGAAUUUAAGAUUCGUGAUCUGAACGAUGAAAUCAACAAACUGCUCCGAGAGAAAGGACACUGGGAGGUCCGGAUCAAGGAGCUGGGAGGACCGGACUACAGGAGAGUGGGGCCGAAGAUGUUGGAUCACGAGGGUAAAGAGGUUCCAGGAAACAGAGGAUACAAGUAUUUUGGUGCAGCUAAAGACUUACCAGGAGUCCGAGAGCUGUUCGAGAAAGAGCCUGUACCAGCUCCCAGAAAAACACGCGCUGAGCUGAUGAAGGACAUCGACGCUGACUACUACGGGUACAGAGAUGAAGACGACGGCGUUUUAGUUCCGCUGGAGCAGGAAUAUGAGAAACAAGUCAUCGCGGAGGCUGUGGAGAAGUGGAGAGCCGAGCGAGAGGCUCGAUUAGCCGUCGGUGGAGCCGUGAAAGACCCCGAAGAGGAGGAGGAAUACAUUUACGCCGUCCGAGACGAGUCUGAUGAUGAAGCGGGAGAACAGAUGGAGGGAGACGAGGGGUCGCAGUCCUUCAUCUCUCAUGUUCCUGUUCCCUCGCAGAAGGAGAUUGAGGAAGCCCUGGUGCGACGGAAGAAGAUGGAGCUGCUGCAGAAGUACGCCAGCGAGAGUCUGAUGGCGCAGAGCGAGGAGGCCAAGGCUCUGCUGGGUCUGUAGAGGAGCUGGACUCGUGUGCGGUCAGAGACGGAGAUGAGCGUUAUGAUCACGUGGCUGUGUAAGAGACGCAUAUAUAAGACGCACAGAAGCUGCAAAUGUGUGUCCAGCUUAACUUGAUGUGCUUAUAUCUGUACAGUUAACAUUUCAUUGUUAAGCUGUCGUUUUUUGCAAAUUGGUUUCUGAAAAUGGGAAAAAAAACUUUUGUUCAUCCUUCGUUUGUUCAAACUGUGAGAACUGCAGUACAAAAAUCUCUGUAAAUAUUUUGUAUACUAUGUUCCCUUUUUGGACAAAUAAACAGCUUUUUU